GUCAACAGCUUUAAUGUGCAUGGUGGAUUAAAACAAUAUAUACAUAUAUACAUAUAUAAUAAUAUAGCUAUCUUACUAGCACAGUGUAAAAGUUUGAAACACUUACCCGCAAAAUAUAACCCAACAAGGAUAAUCAAAUGCAGCUGCAAACGUCCAUUCAUUUACCAACACAACGCCGCAUACGACCGCUGGUGGUGCUCUUUUUCCUUUGCUACCUCGCUUGCAGUCAAGCCAAAAGGACUACGCGCCGCUUGCAGCGAGAUGAGUUGCACGAAUACGCCAUACAUCAGCACAACUAUGCUGAAAGGGAUGUUGGCGAGCCGAGUGGUAGCGCCGCGGACCUGCAGGCGCAGGAAUCGAAAAGCAUGGAAAUUAAAGUACCGCCACCGAAUGCUAGCAGUGGCAAGAAUACCGUCACGCCACGUGGCAAACGCGGCGCUAAGAAAUUUCGACAUAUCGUGCAUGUAGUGAAACCCGUGCAUCAGAAGAAAAAGAAGUUGUACUCUUCGUCGACGAGAAAUAAUAGUAAUCAGUAUCGUCAGCAACAAAAUCAAGUCGUGGAGGGUGGUAAAAAAUCAACAUUACACACUUACGAAGAAACACACGAACAUGUCAUGGAGCCAGCACAAGAAAUGUCAUUUGCAGCGCAAAAACCUAUUUUUGCAGCCACACCGUCUUAUACUACGUCAUCAGCAAGCGUUGAUUCAGUUGCCCAAACAGUGAACGAACCGUUAACACAGGCAACGUCUGAUAGUUUUGCUACGCAUGCUUUUCUGAAACCACCGGCGGUGCCUUAUGAUGAUGCACAAACGAGUAGUUCAGAACAUCAUGAGCAUAUAAAUGAAAUGCACGAAGAAGAGGAGCAUCAUCAACAUGAGAAAAUUAAGGUUAAGCAUCACCAUCACCAUCAUCAUCACAAUCAUGUGAAGGAAAUUAUUAAAAAGGUGCCCGAACCAUAUCCAGUUGAGAAGAUUGUACAUGUGCCUGUAGAGAAGAUAGUUGAAAAAGUAGUGCACGUUCCCAAGCCGUAUCCAGUGGAGAAAAUAAUUGAGAAAAAAAUACCAUAUCCGGUUGAGAAAAUUAUUGAGAAAGUUGUUGAAAAGAAGGUACCAUAUCCGGUAGAGAAGAUUGUUGAGAAAAUAGUGCAUGUGCCGAUUGAAAAGGUGGUGCAUGUACCGAAACCGUAUCCUGUGGAGAAAAUUGUUGAGAAGAAAGUACCCUAUCCUGUGGAGAAGGUCGUCGAAAAGAUUAUAGAGAAAAAGGUGCCGUAUCCGGUGGAGAAGAUUGUAGAGAAAGUUGUGCAUGUGCCGAAACCAUACCCCGUAGAAAAGAUUAUCGAGAAAAUCGUGGAGAAGAAAGUACAUGUGCCUGUUGAGAAAAUAGUGGAGAAAAUUAUACAUAUUCCCAAGCCAUAUCCAGUUGAAAAAGUUGUUGAAAAAGUCGUGCAUGUACCGAAACCAUUUCCAAUUAUUAAACACGUACCAUAUCCAGUAGAAGUAAAAGUGCCUGUUCAUAUAGAAAAGCCGGUGCCAUACCCAGUAGAGAAAAAAGUGCCCGUGCCGUAUCGUGUGGAAGUGGAAAAGAAGAUACCAGUACCUUACAAAGUGGAAGUGGAGAAGAAGGUGCCGAUAUUCAUACACGCACCACACCAACACUACAAAUAUGAACAUCAUGAACAUGAACAUAAAGAGGAAGAGCACGAGCAUCAUGAGGAGAAAAACGACGAUUUCGAGGAGCAUAAACAUUUUGAACAUCAUCAUGACCUUUCCGGAUUUCCGACAAAUCAAAAUGCAAAAUAUGCUAAACUCCAACAACAACCUCGUCAAAUAGCAAAUAUCGCUGCUGUGGGUUUACCAAAAGCUCACACCUCCAUGGCAGCUGCAGCAAUACGUGCUGAGCUACUACACCAACAAGUACACAACUUUGGUUAUAAAAAUCCUACUAAAGCAACACCUACCGAUCCCGUACAAUCUUCAUCUGAAAAUGUACCAAAUAUUGUACGCUUCACACCAACACCAGUGCAUAGCUUUGGCAUUAAGAAUCCAACGACUGCUGCGACAUCUGAUCUUGAGCCCUCAUCUUCGGAAAACAAGCACACCGUUGUGCAUUUUGAGCCAACACCGUUACCAUUUCAAAUACACGUCGAAGACGGUGAGACAUUAGAAGAUGGUAAUUCAGGUAACUCUAACGAUAUGCAGACAGAGGCCAGCACUCAUAGUUUACGCAUGUUGGCGCGCCUACAACCGAUCGCGUUGCCACUGCAGGUUUUCCAAUUACAUUCAAUACCAUUUCAACAGCCUCUGGGCUUCUCACUACCAGCCAUGCAUGCGGCAGUACAGAGUAGGGGAUCCUGAAACCUCAAGAAACUCAAUCGAUAAUUCGGAUAGUAAGACUGAGCAGACUAAACGCGCAUUAUAGAUUUAAGCAAUGAUUUUAACUCAAACAUUUUUUUUUGUUAAUUUAUUUCAACGAGAUAAAAACU